AUGAGCCAGCCCAGGCCCCGCUACGUGGUGGACAGAGCCGCAUACUCCCUCACCCUCUUCGACGAGGAGUUUGAGAAGAAGGAGCGGACGUACCCACUGGGAGAGAAACUUCGUAAUGCCUGCAGAUGUUCCUCCGCCAAGAUCAAAACCACGGUGCUGGGGCUGCUGCCGGUGCUCUCCUGGCUCCCCAAGUACAAGAUCAAAGACUACAUCGUCCCGGACCUGCUCGGGGGACUCAGCGGGGGCUCCAUCCAGGUCCCACAAGGCAUGGCGUUUGCUCUGCUGGCCAACCUUCCUGCAGUCAACGGCCUCUACUCCUCUUUCUUCCCCCUCCUGACCUACUUCUUCCUGGGGGGUAUCCACCAGAUGGUGCCAGGUACCUUUGCCGUUAUCAGCAUCCUGGUGGGUAACAUCUGUCUGCAGCUGGCCCCAGAGUCGAAAUUUCAGCUCUUCAACAAUGUCACCAACAAGAGCUACGUGGACACUGCGGCCAUGGAUGCAGAGCGGCUGCAUGUGUCUGCGACGCUGGCAUGCCUGACAGCUGUCAUUCAGAUGGGCCUGGGCCUGGUGCAGUUCGGCUUUGUGGCCAUCUACCUCUCUGAGUCCUUCAUCCGGGGAUUCAUGACAGCAGCCGGUCUGCAGAUCCUGAUCUCGGUGCUCAAGUACAUCUUCGGACUGACCGUCCCUUCCUACACAGGCCCAGGAUCCAUCGUCCUUACCUUCAUUGACAUCUGCAAAGGCCUCCCGCACACCAACGUGGCUUCACUCAUCUUCGCGCUCAUCAGCGGUGUGUUCCUGGUGCUGGUGAAAGAACUGAACGCACGCUUCAUGCACAAGAUCCGCUUCCCCAUCCCUACGGAGAUGAUCGUGGUGAUAGUGGCCACAGCCGUCUCUGGGGGUUGUCAGAUGUACAAAAAGUACCACAUGCAGGUCGUGGGAGAGAUCCAGCCUGGCUUCCCCACCCCCGUGUGGCCCGUGGUCCAGCAGUGGAAGGACAUGAUUGGCACCGCCUUCUCGUUGGCCAUCGUGGGCUAUGUCAUCAACCUGGCCAUGGGUCGCACCCUGGCCAACAAGCAUGGCUACGACGUGGACCCAAAUCAGGAGAUGAUUGCACUGGGCUGCAGCAACUUCUUCGGCUCCUUCUUUAAAAUCCACGUGAUCUGCUGUGCCCUGUCGGUCACUCUGGCUGUGGACGGGGCAGGAGGGAAGUCACAGGUGGCCAGCCUGUGCGUGUCCCUGGUGGUGAUGGUCACCAUGCUGGUGCUGGGGUCCUACCUCUACCCUCUCCCCAAGUCGGUGCUAGGAGCGCUCAUCGCCGUCAACCUCAAGAACUCCCUCAAACAACUGGCUGACCCCUUCUACCUGUGGAGGAGGAGCAAGCUGGACUGUUGUGUCUGGAUGGUGAGCUUCCUCUCCUCCUUCUUCCUGAGUCUGCCGUAUGGUGUGGCUGUGGGCGUCGCCUUCUCUGUCCUGGUUGUGGUCUUCCAGACCCAGUUUCGAAACGGCUAUGCUCUGGCCCAGGUCCUGGAUACGGACAUUUAUGUGAACCCCAAAACCUACAACAGGGUCCAGGAAAUAGAAGGGAUUAAAAUUGUCACUUACUGCUCCCCUCUCUACUUUGCCAACUCAGAGAUCUUCAAGCAAAAGGUCAUUGCCAAGACAGGGCUGGACCCCCAGAAGGUUUUGCUGGCCAAGCAGAAGUACCUGAAGAAACAGGAGAGGGCCAGAGUGAUGCCCUCCCAGCGGAGGAAGUCUUUGUUCAUGAAAACCAAGACUGUGUCUCUGCAGGAGCUGCAGCAAGACUUCGAGAACGCCACCCCCACAGACCCCAACAACAACCAGACCCCUGCCAAUGGCACCAACGUGUCCUACAUCACCCUCAGCCCCGACAGCUCCCCGGCUGCUCGUUGCGAGGCCCCGGCCCCUGCUGAGGCCCCGACGGAGCCCACAGACCUGCUGGCCAGCGUCCCACCCUUCGUCACCUUCCACACCCUCAUCCUCGACUUGAGCGGGGUCAGCUUUGUGGACCUGAUGGGCAUCAAAGCCCUGGCCAAGCUGAGCUCCACUUAUGGGAAGAUUGGGGUGAAGGUCUUCCUGGUGAACAUUCAUGCCCAGGUGUACAAGGACAUCAGCCACGGAGGCGUCUUUGAGGACGGGUGCCUGGAGCACCAGCACGUCUUCCCCAGCAUCCACGAUGCGGUUCUCUUCGCCCAGGCCAGCCCCAGAGGAGCAGCCCAGAGGCAGGGCUUCCCCGAGGCUCCAGAGGACCCCGAGCUCUCCUUGUACGACUCCGAAGACCAGAGUCCUGCCUACUGGGACCUAGAGCAGGACAUGUUUGGGAGCAUGUUUCAUGCAGAGACCCUGACCGCCCUGUGAGGACCCAGUCGGGCCCCAUGUUACCCCCAGAGCACCAGCCACCUUGAACUUCCAGAAAGGAGGAGCCUGGACAUGCAUGAAGAGGACAUAGAGCCCAGGACUCCUCUCUCUGUCUUCUCCGAGGCCCUCUUCCCCGCUGCCCACAUUUCUGGAGCCAGCGCAAUUGCCCUGUACCUACUUACUGGCCCUCCUGCCUUGCUCAGUGACCCCAGCCGUGAAGAACCAGAG